AUGGAUCAAUCUACUUCCACUUCUUUCAAUGGCCCUGGUCAUAUCACACAACUGUCGAUGGAGGUUGACUCAAUGCCCACCACAGACCAUCUUCCAACUUCCGGUUCAACUCCCAGCACCCUCUCCAGCGCUGCUGAGGGCAGCUCAGCUCCCCUUGUUCCUGCUGUUGUUCCUGAUCCUUCUAUGGCAGUGGAUACAGUAGUUCUCCCACUAAAACGACCUUCAGAGCAUUCGCUGGAACACGUCGCCUGGCGUGACCCCUUGAUGACAAUCGGUGCUGUGAACGACGUUGGGAAAUUCGCGUUCGACUACGUCCACCCCGAGUGGCCAAUUGCAACCGGUAGUGACCGUACCCACAAGCGGCUUUUUAUAGCAGGCCCAGACCGGGAGAAAUUUGAUGAUCAGAGCCUUCAAGCUGCAGCUGACAAGGUUAAGACUAUUUAUAAAGAUAGCGACAAGGCUAUAGCAGUGCCUGCUUUCCUUGAAGCGAAUCUGCAAGCGAUCUAUGCCGCGGUUGAUGACCAUAGGCGUACGAUUGAGGAUGUGAAUAACUUAAAUCAAAGCCUACAUGAACAGAACAAAGUGCUCGAAGCGGAACGGAUCCAACUAUUGCAAGCAAAUCUGGCGCAUCAGACUGCGAGAGAUAAGGUGCUUGCUGAGGCUGCAAAAGUCGGCCUGAACGCAGAGAAAGCUACUCAAGACGCUAAUAGACUAGUGGAGCAGCUGGCUCAGGAGCUGGCAGCAGCGCAUGAGGCGGCUAAGAAGAAAGACGAGGCACACCGAAAGCAAUUAGAAGAUUUGGUAUGUAACGCCCUUUAUAAGUACGGUGGAAAUAUAUUCAAGUUGUUGGUUUGCAAGCAGUUUACGAAGCUACAAGAAGAGAAUGCAAAGCUCGCUCGGGACGUAGAGAAAGCUACUCAAGACACUAAUAGAUUAGCGGAGCGGCGGGCCCAGGAAGCGGCGCAGGAGGCAGCUAAGAAGACAGAUGAGGCACACCGAAAGCAGUUAGAUGAUUUGUCUAUGAAGCUACAAGAAGAGAAACAGCUCAGAACCACAGCAGAGAAUGAACGUUCAACCGAACUCAACCGAAACAGGCAAAGGCAACCUUGGAGCCAAUCAUCUUUCCCGAUCCUCAACGACAACGAUGCCGACGACGAAAUGUCUCCGCCUCAACCCACAUCAACGCUCAACUCCUCCACCUCUCAUCGACGCUCUAGCACACAUGCAAAUACCUCCUCGACAACCACCGCUUCAGCACCUUUCACAUCUUCUCCUUCUACUGGUAAUUUGGCCCCACGUACUACUGGGGGCACUUCGUCGUCGUCCAACGGCACAUCUGCACAUCCCUCGACAACCACUGCUUCUACCCCACAUACCCCUGGAGGCGCUUCAUCGUCAUCCAACGGCACCUCUACUGGUAAUUCAGCCCCGCAUACUACUGAGGGCACUUCAUCGUUCUCUGGGACAUCUUCAUCCUCCACAACGCCUUCUUCAACGUCAAGUGGACCGGGGCCAGGCGCCCCUCCCUUCCCGUCUAAUAUCCCUGGCGAUCCUGCGGCUCUUGUCCAAGAAUUCCUCCGAUAUAUGGCUUCUGCGCCUCAAGGCGCCACGCAUACCACUACACAUCAUGCUCCCCCGACGGCCACACCCACCCAUCGUAAUGCUCGACGUCAACGUGUUGUUCAUACCCCUAGGCCAGGUAGCAAUAACCACAAAAAGGCGCUCAAACAGAAAGCUAAAAGUGAAAUCCCCAAGAAAUUGCAUACGUUGUGGGAUAGGAUGUUGCAUAAGACCUUCCUCGGUUGUACCGCCAUGGAAUGUGUAAGUCACUUCGAGGAGUAUAAUCCCAUUGAAGACGUUGUGGCAGAUGCCUACAAAAUGGGCAAUGGUUUGGGUCCCGAAGGCGAUAACCAAUUUGGGCUUUUCUUCGGUGAAGGUUGGAAUAGGCAUGCGUGGAAUCGAAAGGUUGUCGACAACCUGGUUUUGCUCGUUCCUGCGCAGAAGCAGAAAUACACGGAAUUGGCACAAUGCGAGAUCUCGGAGGAGGUUCUUCAGACAUGGUUCUGUGGAUUUAUUCGCGACGCUCGUGGAUAUUGGUCACGAUCACGACCACGCGUACACACGUCUGGUAGCAGGUUGGAGAUGCGCACUGAAGCAACAGUACGAGCUGAGCGGUACGCGGCAGAUCGGGCUCGACGCGUUAGGGUGACGAACCACAAGCACAAUGAAGCCAAUUCCAGCCCUCAUGUUGGCGAAUGGCAAAGGGCCCGGAAUCUUCUCGAACAACUCGAUGCUAAUGCAAUGUCUUCGGAAUGCACUGACGAUGAGGAGAGCCUUGAUGAAGCAAUCCGUACGUCGGCGGGCCCAAGGCCACCCCCUACUCGACGACGCAAAAGGCUACCUGACGUCAGCUACAACACAACUCCCAAAACCCUUCCUCGCUCUUGUUAUCACAAUAGUUUUCUCCAGCGGUUGACUCCUCAGGAACUUGGGGAGCUUGAGGUGAAGAAUGUUACUAUUCCGCUUUUUGAUCGAUGGGCUGGCAGGGCGAUGGUCUCAGAUACGGAGGAUGAAGAUGAAGACGACAUGAGUGUCGAGGGGAGUGGUGCGGAAGAAACAUGCCAAAGCCUUCGCCGAACACCCCACAGAAUCCCGCGCAGACGUUUUGAAAUCCUUGACGAAGAGCAAAUCCUCCGCAUUGCUACGGACAUUUCGAAAGUGAAUAAGGACCUUCAGAGUUUUACGAUUGACGCAACAGUAGGAGGAGAUAUGAAUGUGAAUAAUAAGCUUUAUAAGAAGGCGAAGGAGAGGUUGGAUGCUGCAGUCGUUGUGUUUACUACUUGUGCUGGUGAGGAGUUCUUUUCUUUGGCUGCUCUUUGGAGAAUGAGGAUGCUGAUGGAUGGGUUGGCUGUAGGUGCCGGCUUGGGAAUUCUGAGAAAGGCAGAUUUUGAGAUCGCGUUGAUUGAUGAGGCAUCACAGAUUAACGGACCUACUACUUUGAUACCGCUCGUGAAAGGUGUUCAGCGUGCGAUUUCGGACCAUGUGCAGCUGAGACGAACUGUGAAGCCGUUGGGGAAAAUACUGCAGUUCAAUGUUUCGUUGUUGAAGCAGCUGUUUACGAUGGAUGAAGAGAUCCAAUAUCGAUUCCCACAAGAGCUAGCAUUGUCUCCCUCGAACGAGUUUUACCAAGGCCGGUUACGCUCAGGUAUACAGGACAGCGAAAGUGUACUUGGGAUUCUCAGUCGAUCCAAGUUUCCCUGGCCAGUUAACGAGCAGGGCAUUGUUGUGCUAACGGUAUUCUUGGAGUGCGCUAGUGAAGUGGAUAUGGGUGGAUGGUCGAAGGGUAAUGUUGGGCAGGUCGAUGUGAUUGAGAAAGUGAUAAAACUUUUGCCUACCGAGAAGGAAAUCGAGGCUGGUGGGCAUGAGGAGACAGGACCUUCGUCUGCGCCUGCGCUGAGCGACCUCAAAAUGUCUUAUCGCCUUACACCAAACAAACGGUUCGACGCUGGGGUCUUGAUUGAGCCCAAACCUGCCUUCCGUUUCGACCCUGCUGGCGAAAAGAAGCUGGCAGAAUUCCGGAAUGAUGUUUGGCCCACCAUCGAGCGAAUGAAUGAAAUUGCACCUCAACAUUCGCGACUUUUCAAAGAAGUGAUUCUAGUCGGGUCACCUUCGAAGCCUUUUACAUACACAGCGAAGAACACAGCGAGGCAUCAAGCUAUCCUUCGCGAUUACGAUCAGGAGAUCGUCAGCGAUAGGACACAGUCCGAAAACUCACCUCCGACAUCCUGGAACCUGGGGUCCACAACGUCUUUUGUGCGUGCAGUCGUCGCCAGUGUUUUGACUCGCACGGUGCAGGAUGAAGAUGAUCUAUUCCAGCACGGGUGUGAUAGCAGCAUGGAUCCAUAA